CUUUUCUGUCUGUGGCUAGAGCAAUCUGUGGCUUGACGCCAUUUUUCGAUAUGAGCUUUCGCUCAUGCACCAAGUCCUCGGGUUCGCGAGAAUCUCUUGUCCCGCGCUCCACCCUCCCCGGCGGAACCGGCAGAUAGCUUACUGGGACGGCGCUUCCACCAUUGAUCAUCGCGUUCUUGGGCCUUCUCCCAUUUUCCUUUUUGGCAGGGAACAUCAACUCGUGCUUCGGAAUGACCGUGCUGCGCUCGUACCAGGGAGAGAGGAGAGUCGUGGCUCCGGCUAUAAGGAGGACCACCUCCCUCCACUUGACGUCUCAUCCAUAGCAACAAUCCAAAUUUCUAUAUCAAACAUUCAAAUCCCCUCCUGCUUCUCUUCGCUUCUUAAGCAGCAUUGACCCAACUCUAUGCCAAAAAGAGCUAAUGACGCUGAACGUGCACAGUACCGGCAAGGAAGCUUCACUGUUUAUGGUUAUGCACGAUCGCUCUUUCGUCGCCUCAGUGCCCUUUCCAUUCGCAAAGUCAACACGUCUGGAAGCUGAACAAAGUUCCGGUAGAUCUGAGCCUUUGAAUCCCUCAUCGAUGGAUCUACCCUCUCCAGGAGCUCAGAGCCUCAACAUGCACCCAAACACACCAAAUGGGCUGUCUUCCAGCUCAGAUCUCUAUCACGUACCUCUUCCAGAUUGGUAUUCGCACUACAUGGCUUGCUUGCGGUACUUUCUGGACCACGCACAGCACUCAACUGCAGUGCAAUCUCUUGCAGCUUAUAUCAAUAUACGACUUCCAUGCCAGCAACUAUCAAACCCUAUUUCAUCUUUUACGCCCGACGCGACCUCUUCGGACAAGGGGACGGCUUCUCAAGUUUCACUGCGCCACUACAUUCGGCGUCUCAUUGUGACAGGAAACGACACCAUGCCCAUCCUUGACGCCCUCUUCGGUGCUGACUGGGAGGCUGGCAUUGGCUGCAUUCGCCGACAGGAGAGAAUCAACUACCUGUUCACGGCGAAGAGUAACGGUUGGGCGCCGACAAAAGCCGCUUACGACAUUCUACCGGACGAGCACACCCCGUUCCUACGACCUCUUCACGAUGCGACAGAGCAGGAGCUCAGCAUGGCUGAAACUCACUGGAGCGAGUGGCUCGCGAUGGAAGACUGGAUGGUGGGGCCCCGCAGCCCAUGGGAAGGCAGCACCUGAUGAAUUGACGAAUUUAUGACCUACGACUCUGUCGCUCUUUCUGUUGAUUUCAGCUUAUUCUACUUUUGGCCAUUUCCUUGUGUCCGGACAAGCAGUAUCCCAGACUUAGUCUACUUCGAGCGUGUCUUAGCGAGAGAAAGAAAAUCAAACAUGUACAAACUCCUGUUAUUGACUAUUAUUAUCCACAUCAACGAUGUGCACUUGAGAAACAGAAACGGCCUCAACCAUGCUGACACUAUCGAACGGUCCAAAUAAGGUGGAGAAAUUAGAUUUUUUCUGACAUGCGCGAGUCCAAAGCAGAAAAUUAAGAAGAGAAAAUCGUUAAGAAAUGGGGUAAAAGACGCGAGACAAGAUUUUCCUCUUGCAUAUGCACCGC